AUGAGCCACAGGGAAGGUGAAAUAUAUUUGGCAUCCCCGUAUACAGCCGCCACAUCUUGUUCAAGUGUACUUGUCGUCGUUGUUUCUCAGACAUCAAUCAAUGGUUUCCUCCCUUGUUCCUCCACCGACCACCUUCUUCUUCCACACCAAGAGGGAUCUGAGUCUCUCCGUUUUCCCUUCAUCAUCAUCAUCUUCUCAGUGAUGUCAGAAACACGCUUCCAGGAGUAUCUCUUGUUCAGUUACCCCGCCUCAGCAAACACAACGCCAACCUUCUACCACUGGAUCAGUGAAGACAGCCAGAAGAUAUUGGCUAGAGCUGCUGAGAAGGAGAAGGUCAUACCUAGGGAUAAUAUUUGGGUCAAUGUUGAUGUUUUGAUGACACAUGAUGUCUGUGGUCCUGGUUCUAUUGGGAUUUUUAAGAAGGAGUUUGGUGAGGAUGCUAAGGUUUGGGAUCGUGAAAAGCUUGAUCUUAGUAAUUUUAAGGUAAAUCCAGAUUACAAAGGUGUUUGUCACAUCGCUCUUGCUCAGGAAGGUCAUUGUAGGCCUGGAGAGGUUCUCUUGGGCACUGAUUCUCACACUUGUACUGCUGGAGCAUUUGGUCAAUUUGCAACAGGGAUCGGUAAUACUGAUGCUGGUUUUGUUUUGGGAGCAGAGAAGCUUUUGCUCAAGGUGGCUCCAACUCUGAGAUUUGUAUUGGAUGGAGAAAUGCCAAGUUAUUUUCUUGCAAAGGAUUUAAUUCUGCAAAUUAUUAGUGAAAUAUCCAUGGCUGGUGCAACUUACAAAUCUAUGGAGUUUGUUGGCUCAACCGUUGAAAGUUUAACUAUGGAAGAACGAAUGACAUUGUGCAACAUGGUAGUUGAAGCUGGAGAAAAGAACGGUGUUAUUCCUCCUGACAGUCAAGCAAGAUUUCUUUCUGAGUGUAGAUUUGAUGUCACAAAGUCGGAGCCACUGGUGGCCAAGCCUCAUUCACCGGAUAAUCGAGCUUUAUCAAGGGAGUGCAAGGAUGUGAAAAUUGACAGAGUAUACAUAAGAUCUUGUACGGGUGGGAAAACAGAAGAUUUCAUGGCUGCCGCAAAAAAAUUUCUAGCAUCGGGUAAAAAGGUUAAACUUCCGACGAUUCUUGUCCCAGCAACACAGAAGGUUUGGAUGGAUGUGUACAGCCUCCCUGUCCCCGGUUCAGGUGGUAAGAUUUGCUCAUAG